AUGGCGCCGAGGAAAGAUGGUGACGUGGUGUUCUCUUUCAAUGGAAAAUACGUUUCGUGGGCGCAUACAGUCAUUGCAUAUGCUGCUUUUCUCGGGGCGUUGAUUGUUGGAGUGCUACUGCAUUACCACAAGAUUGUACAAAAUGAACACUACGGAUACCCAGAUGAAUGGUUUCCCUCCGUCUCUGCUACCAUUGGCGACCGGUACCCUGAACGCUCGGUGUUCAUGGUUUUCAUUGCUCUGACGGCGGGCCCUCGAUUUGCCCUUGUCGGGCUGUGGUAUUUCCUCACCAGAAGACCGAACUCCAAUCUUCCCGGCAUCAUCGCAGCGGUCGGAUUGUUUAGGACAUUUACUUGUGGAGGUUGGACAUACGUAACAUCUACCGACGACCAUGACUGGCAUGAUAUCUUCAUGAUCUCUUACCUUGUGGCAACCCUCCCAUGGACGUUGGGGUGUCUGGCUUUAAGCCCCCCAAACCCAAAAGCUAUCAAAUAUCGAAAAAUCCUCGCCGGCUUAUUCUUCGGUACCCUUGUACCUUUAAUCUACUUUUUCAUUCAGCAUAAAGUCCACCGAGUUGCUGGCGCCUACACGAUCUAUGCAUUUUUCGAAUGGUCCUUGAUCUUGUUCGACGUGGCCUUCGACGCCGUUACCGCAUUCGACUUCGAGACGUUUGAACUUGUCGUGAAGGACGUGAAGGGCAUGAGCAGAGGUGACGCGAGACUUCUCAAAGACUCAGUGAAGGACAAAGAACGCGACAGCCCCUUCAUCCAGACAUCUACCUUUGAAGGACCUUACUAUUGGCCCGCCAUGCUAGACGCUGCAGCGGAUAUCUUCCAUGGUUUUAUCUUCUGGUCGAUACUGACCUCACUUGGUGUUCUUGUCUGGUAUUUUCCGCUAUGGCACAUGGGCAUAUCCGGCUACGAAGUCAUGGUGAUGUCAACCAUCUCACCCCUGAUGCUCGGCGUCCCGUUCAUCAGAUCCCUCACGAUCAAAUAUCUGAGAUGGGUCCACCUGUCAUCCUUAGUAGGGCUCCUCGCUUGGCUAGUGAAAGAUCCUGCAAAUCGGUUGUUUACCGUGGGGUUCGCCGUCUGGAUGGGUUGCUUGGCUUGGUCCGCUGAAUGGUACGCUGAACGACGAAACUCGGCUCGACUUCAAAGCAGAAUCCUGGCCUGGUGCAUCGGGUUGGUUCUUUCCAGCAUCGCCAAAUUUGCAAACCAUACCAACAACCCCGUGUGGCCGAUCUUGCAUUCAGGCAUUGGAGGCUGGAACAAGACCGGGCUACUUCUUGGAAUCCUUGCUAUCUGGCGGUCCACACGACCCAUUUCCACCAGUGGAGGCGACUACGUUGCACCGAAUGCCAGAAAGGGCUCUGGUCUAUUGGCAGGCGUCGGUUUCGGCGGAUUGGUUUUUGCCAUGCAUUCCCUUCUCUCUGAUUCGAGCACCAUGAUAUUGUGGGUGUGGGAAGGUUACCCCGUCCGGGGCCCUCUUGCAGUCCCUCACGGAGCCGUCACUAUAUUCGCCAUGAGUGCCGGGCUGUUUCUGGGUGUUGCUGUUCCUCGCUUCUUCGGGUCGUGGACGGCAUACGGCCUGGGAGCUCUCGGUGCGACUUUCCUGACUCUUUACGGCAACUGGAAGGGGUAUUAUGGCGCACUUGUUCUCGCUUUCUACAUCAUGGGAGUGGCACCGGUGCUCAUUUCCUCCGCGGUGGAACACAACCCGGCCCUUACCUUCGGUUUGGGCUUUUUCGUUUACAACUUGAUGGUGCUGUUCCACGUGUGGGUUGUGGCGUAUGCUUUCGUGCCAGGCGGUCCUCUCGUGCGGGAACACACUGACUGGAUCAUGAUCACAAUGAUGCUGAUGAUUGGGGCUGGUGUCUUCUCGGCACUGACCACCAACUCCCCACAUCAACAGAAGAACAAAUCGAGCCCUCGUGGUAGGAAGCAGUCCGCAUAUUAUCUCCAUCUUUUGUUGGCACUCCAGCUCUUGGCUGCAUCAGUUGCGUAUCUUCGCUUCCCAACAAAUGACUAUCAGCCUUACCACAAGGAUGAGAAGUUGAUUACCGCGGGUAUCUGGACCAUCCACUUCUCUCUCGAUAAUGACAUGUGGUCUUCGGAGCGGAGAAUGCGCGAUGCAAUCAAGGAGUUGGAACUUGACGUGGUCGGGCUUUUAGAGUCGGACUUGCAACGGAUCAUUAUGGGCAACCGAGAUACCACGCAGUACCUCGCAGAAGACCUGGGCAUGUACGUGGACUAUGGCCCAGGUCCCAACAAACACACUUGGGGAGCAGCUCUGCUCUCCAAAUUCCCCAUCCUCAACUCAACUCAUCACCUCCUUCCAUCGCCUGUUGGUGAGCUCGCACCGGCAAUUGAGGCUACUCUGGAUGUGUAUGGCACUCCGGUUGAUGUGUUUGUCUUCCAUUCCGGGCAGGAGGAGGACCCUGAAGAUCGCCGCUUGCAAUCCGAGUAUCUGGCUCGGAUCAUGAAGGCUUCUCCUCGGCCCUCGAUACUCCUCAGCUAUCUGGUAAUCAAACCAGAACAAGGCAACUACAACACCUAUGUGGGAGAAAAGAGUGGCAUGCACGACAUCGACGUGCGCGAUUGGGAUAGAUGGUGUGAGUACAUCCUGUAUAAGGAUAUCAAGCGUGUCGGGUAUGCACGUGUUAGUAGAGGGACUAUCACGGAUACUGAGAUACAGGUCGGCAAAUUCGUCGUGGGCGAACCGGUUUCAUACUCGGAUGAGCGUAUACCGGAGGAUCAAGUUCCGCCUGGCCGCAGGUUCCCAACGAUAUUCCGUGGCGAAGGAGUGCGCGGGCAUCGAUACCAUGUAUUUGACGAGCCAUGGUACUAUGCCUAA